AUGCGGCCUUUGUUGCUGCUUCUCGUCCUACUUGGGGCAUCCACUUUAGCAGCUCCCGAUUGGAAACGAGUUUUCAACUCGUUUUUCCCCUCCGAACCCAAUGAACCACUGCAUAAGAAUGCUAUGAACUACUAUGGAGAAAUUGAGCCUGAGGCUGAACCCAUUCAUGCGAGGAUAAAGAGAGCCGUGCUUGCUGCAAUGGGAUUUGCAUCGCCUUGCUCGGCCGGAUGGACUGGUCAAUUCUGUGAAAACCCAAUCUGCGUCUCAAACACGACGGUGCCGAUCGAGCAGAACACGGACAAAGUGCUCGAUUUAUUCUACGCUCCAUCGGGCUGCACGGGUCUUUUCUAUGUACCGGUUGAUUCCACCUGUGAUUACCUCUUUAUUCAAGUGAACACUGAUGGACCAGUGCCAUGGAUUAACAUCACCGACUCAAACGGAAAUCUCGUUGUUCCCCGAAAUAUCUACCCAAAUUCUGGAAUGAACAUGAACUUCUAUCAACCAAUCACCCCCGGCGUCUACCAAUUGAGCAUCGAUACUCAACAAAUGCCAACAACUCUUUGUGCAGUUAAUAUACAGGCAACCAGCAAGCUUGACAUCACACACGGAUUCGUGGACAACCCACAAGACGAUGUGCCAGCUCAUGGAGAAGCGGCCGGACAAGGAAAACUGCAGAAUCUCAUCAUUCACACCUAUCAUCCAGAGAUUCGAUCUGUGCCCAAGGUGGCAACGAUCUUGCGCCAAAGGAGCACGACUCCGCUUCUCCGCUCAGUACUCACCACCAGAUACGGUUGCGCAUAUGAGCAAUAUAUGGGCGGGACAUUCGGGUGCUUACUCAAUAACCUCUAUACGCUGACGGUUGACGGAAUUGACGCCAACGGAUUCGCUUUCCGGAGAACGAAAGCCGGUUGGGCUUGUAUUGAAGCUCCACCCACGCCUCCACCACCAACAACGCCAGCUCCACAGACUUGUCUUAAUGGAGGAACCUUGUUGUACGAGGGAACACCGAACGCUCAGUGUCUCUGCCGUGAGCUCUUCACCGGUCCGACUUGUAGCAUUCCACAGUGUAUGAAUGGUGGUUUCCUCAAUCCAGCGGAAACCUCUUGCCUUUGCCAAACUGGAUACCUUGGAAUCAAUUGCCAAAACAUCAUUUGUGUGCCCAACUUCGGCGAAUAUCUCACCGACUACAGUACUCUGGUCGUCGUUUGGCGUGCCGUACAAGCGAUGAACCCAUACGUCGCUCAAUAUGCGCAAGCUUUCUACAACGAGAUGCAAUUCAUGGGUGAAACCCCCGGCUUUCAAUCCUAUCAAUCGUUCAUUCUCAUCACCUAUGCAAAUGGAGUUUUAACCCGUAACAGCUAUGGCCAACAGGAAUGGGACCGAUUUUAUGCGGAUUUUCAAGCACUCAACGCGACGACCACCGUUGGAAAUUGCAAUGACACCUCGAUUGCUGCCAUCACUGAAGUGUUCAGAUUGACCACCUACAACAAGUCACCGAUCUAUCACUUCACUGAUGCUCCUGCAUCGGACUCCCAGAAUUUCCUCAGUGUCUCCGAGAUGAAUGGAUACAAAAAACUCCCGGUCUGGUCCUUCUUCCACAAUACAAGCGCCGCCAUUCAAUGUAAAGUCGACGAGAUCUCUGAGGGCUAUCGGGUGCUUGGCACUCUCUCCUACAUGUCUGGAGGUCUCACCAUGGGACUCAGCAAUGACAAGUUCAACCAAACCUUUGCCUUGGCGAUGCGAACCACCAACUACAAGUCCAACCAAGUUCUCAUUGAUGAUCUCACUGUCUGCACCAUCGACGGUUAUCGUACCUUCUUCGUCGAUUCGGCCACCAAAGCUAUCUACAUUGUGGCAACUGGCGACAACUUAUUGGUUGCUGUCACGAACCCUGACGGAAAGAUCACCUCUCCAUUGGCUUAUCAAGAUGGGAGAAACUAUUUCUACACGAUUCAAGGCAACAAUCUCACUCGUGGAGAGUGGCUGUUGCAGUUUAACGCUUUCCAGAGCACAUACCCGUGCAGCUAUCGAGUGUACGCUCAAUCGGACUACGAUCUCUUUGUUGGAGUCACGAACGCCAUCUACACUGAUGCCUACUCAGCGGAGCCUAUCGUGGGAAUGCCAAAUGCUAUUGUUGCUCAAAUCAACGGCAUCUACAACAACAUUCCGGAUCAAUUCCGUCUCUUCGCCGAGGUGAUGAUUGUAUCAAAUGAGGAUGGAAACUACCACAAGCCGCUCUACUUCUCAAAUGGCGUUUACCGUACCGGUUGUGGCUAUCAUCUCUACUUUGGAGUUACCGAUUUCUGCGAGCGAGCCGGUCAAGUCUUCUAUGCUAUGGUCUACGCCGACGAUCCAUUUGGUUACACCAUUCAGCGAACAGCCGUUGGAUACUGUGCUGGAAGAGCUCCCACUCAACUCCCACCAACUUCUUGCAUUAAUGGAGGAGUGCCCGAUCCGAACAACGCGACUCUCUGCUUGUGUCCUCCACUAUACACAGGCCGAUAUUGUCAAGACUACAACUGUCAAAAUGGAGCCAUAUACUCAAAUGGUCUCUGUCAAUGCCCGCCCGGCUUGGGUGGAACAUUCUGCGAGCAGCAGCAAUGCCUUGUCAGCAACAUUGAUCCUCCAUUCACUCAAGAUGGCCAAUCGAUGACAUUCGUCGUUUCAACAAUUCCAUCAAUGAACGCGACAUGGCAAAUGUUGGCAGCAAAUGUGCAAGAGUUCGUCAAGGAUAUUCAAUUACAUUCGCCUAAAUGGAUCACUCGCUACAAUCUCAUCAUCAUCAAUCAAAAAGAAGCUGUUUUGGUCUCACAAGCUACUCGAGCCUCGAACUUCGUGACCGCUAUUCAAACGAUCGCCUCGGAUUUGACACCUUACUACAAUGCUAGCAUUACGGAUUGCAAAGUGUUGCUCGCGACGGGUAUGCUGUUGGGAGUGCAAAAUUCGAUCCCCAAAUCCUCUGUAUUUAUUUUCGCCGAUUCUAAUGCAGCUGAUGAAUCGAAUCCAGUGUACGCCCAGUUGACAGCUCAAAUCGAAGGAAAUCAGAUUCAAGUGAAUCUCAUCGGAACCGUCGACCCAUCGGUUCCCCUUUGUGGCACCUCAAAUGGUUGGUUCGAUCAGGCGAUUCAAGAUCUCGUCAUUUUCUCGGCCGGAUGGAUGUACUCAACAAAAAAUGUUCAUCAAUUCUACAACUUCAUCCUCACCGAGUACAGCAACGGAAUCAUUUUGGAUCAAUAUGCUGAUGACUGUACAUCUCCCCAAAUCUACUACUUGCCUGUUGACUCUGCAGCUCAAUCAAUGACCAUUGUUGCCAAUGGACUGAAUGUUAAUAUUACGGUCACUCAACCAAACGGGAACAGUGCCCUAAACAGCAACUAUGAGUUGAACAUGAUUCAAGAGGACUGGAUGGUCAUUGAUCAGUAUAUGAUUCCUUGCCCCAACACCGACUGGCAAUAUUUUGAGCGGAAUUGCAUGAAUUUCAUCUUGACAAGGAUUGCUUUCCGUGAUGCAUCGAAUCGGUGUCAUGCGCUCGGCGGAUGGAUGGUCGAUAUCUACUAUCAAGGGAAACAGGACUACGUUCAAUAUCACACAAAUGGGGCUGACAACUGGAUCGGUUUGUACAUGAUUGGAACGACCUGGUACUGGGAUGUGGACAUCAACAAUGACCCUGUUCCCUUGACGCCCAACUCUUACUCAAACUGGAAAGACGGUGUGACGCCGACUGAUCCAAGCAUGGGAUGUGCGGUGAUGGGUAAAGAUGGAUUCUGGGCAGCUGUGGCUUGUACCGAUAGUUAUUACCCCGUUUGUCAACGACAUCGAUAUGGCCAAGAAGUGGUGCCCAACGACCCAACAACCAACCUUCUCCCAGCCGGUUUUUGGAAAGUCGCCGUGCAAGCAUCGAAUGGAAGUUGUGCCAUUCAGGCUCGAGUCCAAUCAACCAUCCAAUUGUACUUUGGAUUUGUGCAAGACACGCACAGCGACUACCCCAUGCUCUAUGCUAACUCAAAUGCUUCCAACAACUACUUCGCUGUGGGUGCCACCGGGUUGAAUAUGUUCCCCGAUGAUCGUCAUCCAUCAAAUGAGGGGCGUCUUAAUUACAUCUACACUGGAAGCAAUGAAUCCGCCUUCGAUGCUCUAACCGUUGAGGAUCGUGCCUCUUGCUCGUACCAGUACUUGUCACAGAAUUUCAGCUGUCAGAGACGCGGUGCCUACUAUCAACAAUUCUUUGUUCGAUUCUCCGGACUUGAUCAAUACGGCCACACCUUUGAUCGUCUCAUCUCAGCGUAUUGUGGAAUCUAUCAAACUCGAUGCGACAAUGAUGGCUACGAGUAUCAGGGACAAUGCAUUUGCCAACCCGGAUGGACAGGCAACAGAUGCCAGGUACCGGUUUGCCUCAAUGGUGGAGUCAUCAAUUCACUCACUAAUAAAUGCUCGUGCCCGACCGCCUACGGUGGACCAAAUUGUCAAUUUGCCUACUGUGAGCCACCGUAUCCAGUGAGCUAUGCAAGCACGAAUCGAACAUUGGCCAUCGCUCUCGAGACGUCAACCCUUAUGGCCACUUCCAUCUAUAUGCUGAAACGCAACAUCACCUCGGUCAUCAACCAGAUCACAAAUGGUUCGGGAGUACCCCAAUGGUGGGAUAGCUACAUUCUCUUCCCAUUCGACUCAACCUCAAACAAAGCCUCGUGGUUCCCUCCGAUCUACUCGAAUAACUUCUCGGAUAUCGUUGCUGGAUUGAACGCAAUUCCUCGUGGAUGUCCGAAUAAUACUUGUGAUCAAACAAUCUGUCAACGUCCUUAUCUCCGCAUCAUUGCCGAUAUCGUCGCUCAUCCUUCAUUUAGAAGUCCAAACUCGGACAUUUUGGUGAUUUCAAGAGCCUCUCCAGAAGAUUACAAUCUCGAAUCUCAAGUGAUCGGUGCUAUACAGGACAGUCGAGCGAGGGUGUUCUUCUUGCUUGCUGGUGCUUCAACUCCUUGUAAUGAGGGAUGGAGUACGCCGGCGGUAACUGCAAUGAACUAUAUCGCUUCGUACAGUCAAGGCGGAAUAUAUCCGCUCUCUCCAACAGAGAUGGUGUUCAAUUGGCUUGGUGUCUACUUCCCGGCCAGCUAUCGAUCAGGAUGGGUGACGGGAGGAGCGGUGAAAGAUGCCGAUUGUUCGGACGCAGAAUGGAUCUUCCCGGUUGAAAAUUCGGCGACUCAUCUCCUUAUUGACUACUUCGGAAACACGAAAGCGAUCUCAUUGAUUGCACCCGAUGGAAAUCAAGAAACCCUUCCGACAAGUCUUGUCACCUCAAGUACAAACUAUUUGGGAGUGUUUCCGCUACAAACGAAUGGAGCGACCAAGGCUGGCAACUGGAUCGUCAAAAUCCAGGACCCUGACACACCGCAAUGCAGUCUCGAUCUUCGAGUUCGAUCCGCUAUCGAAAUCUACCCAGCUUUUACGCAACCCAGCGAUCAAUACAACGGAGCAACGAACGAUAAUGGACACUUCCAGCCGCUUAUUGGAGAGCAAAAUAUUGUCUUGGCACACGAGAGUACAUUCGGAGAAGGAGCCAGCAUUCAAUAUGUGCAGAUCGUUGUCCCAAAUCGUGGCCUUUAUUUCACAUCGGAGAUGGCUCUUCGAAGCGAUAGUUGCGGCUAUGAGUACUACUCAACGAAAGCCUUUGAGUGCUAUAUGGAGAACUUCUGGGUGAUCUUCUAUGGUACGGAUAUGCGUGGAGCUCCGCUGAAUCGAAUGUUUGUCACGCAUUGUAUCUCGAAUCGGCCAACACCACCUCCCCCUCCACCAUUCUGUGACAUUACUCAAACUCUCAACGACAUCGUUUUCAUGGUUGACGGAUCAGUUGCAGCCAGUAAAGUCUUCGGCACAUUCAAACUCUUCAUGGACUACGUGGCAAGAGGAUACAGUAUUUCUUCGACAUCCACUCAAAUCGGCGCCUUCUCUUUCUCCAAUACAGCUGGUGGAGCAAGCGCUUUCUUGUUGAAUGUAGCUCCCGACCAGACUUCUCUCACCCAGAAACUUUUGUCUCUUUCGAAUGACGGCCAAGCUGGACAAAAUAUCACCAGUGCUAUCAACUACGUGCAGCAGUACACGGCACAGGGCAGCGGUUAUCGAGUGAGCAGUCAAGUGAAACAUCUCGUCGUUUAUGUGACCGCUAGCACGAGCUACACUGAUGGUGGCCUUGAUCCAAAGGCGGCUGUUCAGAGCAUGGUUCGCGGUGGAUCAUUCGGUUUUGCGGUCGUUUCUCUUGGAUUCUCGGACGCACCCGAUUGGUUGGUGUCUCUUGCCGGGCCCGGAUGCUCGUACUUUACCAACGAUGAAAACGAUUUCGCGACGAAUGCCGGAAAUUUGAUUCAAUCCAUCUCGUGCUACCGUCAAAACAUCUGCAAUGUGCAG